AUGCUUUUCUUCGGGAUUAUGAAGACGGCCUUUGUGGCGGACGACGUGGUUUCAAGGCUUCAGAAGUACAAGGAACAAACCAAGACUGAUGGCGAGACUCUGGUUCGAACAGUCUUUCCCAAACGUGUCUUUGAGAUGGAGCAACUUCUAGCCACGAAACUCUUCAACUUCCCAUCAUCUGCCAUCUACAAGAAAAUCAAUCUCCCAGUGCCUCUGAUGGGGGACAGAAACGGCUCAGUAGAGACCUGCGACUCGGAUGGGGACAAGGCUUCAACCAAGCCGCCCGGAUGUCCGGUCUACACUUUUCCCGGAGGCGUUGUACCCCACAAUGAGCACAUUAAGGAGAUGAUUGAGAAGAACUCGCACUUGUUACGCGGCCGCUUGGAACACCAACUACUGUCGGUCUCAGUUGCGCUUGUGUUCGCCUCGUCGAAUGCCUCGCACUGUCCGACCAGUGGAUUUGUCUUCUGGCCAAAGCACAUCGACGGCCCCACACACUUAGCAAGGUAUGAGCGGAGACUCCCUUCCAAACAAGUCCUUCGACAAACAACGAAGCCUCACCUGACACAGUUAAUGGUUGAAGCCCAAUUAGUACGUCUGUGGAUUCAAUUCAACGUGCCCAGAAUCGAGGACGGCAACAACUUUGGCGUGGGGAUUCAAGAGGAGGUGUUGUCUGAGGCCUCUGGCAUCGAAAGGGACGCCCUCACCUUUUUGGACCAAUUCACCAGGUACUACGCCUCCCGAGGAAAGUUGGUGGGAAAAGCGGCUAAGUUUCCUCACAUUGACGACUAUCGCGAGUGCAUUCGCGACAUGGACGAGAAACAGGCCAUUUCUAUGCGCUACGUCAUCAUGGAGAUCCGCAACCAUUAUGCCGUCCUGCACGAUUUGAUCGUGAAGAACAUUGACAGGAUCAAGGUUCCCCGAUCCAACAACACAAUGACCAUGUACUGA